AUGAACGUGGGCGUUGCUGCUCGACCCUCCCCUCCAGACACGAUGCAUCCUUCCGAUCAUUUCGCUCCUAGCCAUCCUUUCGCAGAUCCAUCCGUCUGUCUCGCAGCGCGUCUCUCUCCCCCAGACUGCUUCUCCGCGUCGCUCGGCUCGUCCCCUUCGUCGCGCUGCGGAUCCGAAGCGCUCAAAGCCGCCGCGUGCCGGCCGGCAGGCGGCCUCCAGGAGCGGCCGUCCUUGCUCGGCGCGCAGGGUUUGGAACAGGAGUGGGCGGCUAUUUUCGGAGAAGAUGACGGAGACGACGCCAGGGAUAACGGAGAUUACGAAAAUGACGUGGAUUACGGAUAUCCCGGAAAUGACGGGAAGACGGGAGGUGAGCGUGAGGAGGAAGAUGACGAGGAGGACGUGCCUUGGGAGGCACUCCGCUCUUCCUCUCUUUCCCCCGAUUCCCCCUCCGUAUCCCCGCGUUCCUCCUCCGCUGCGCUAGCUGCUGCACUUGCGGCGUCCCGAAAAGCGGAAAGUUUUCGAGAAGAUUUGGAUUCUUCGGACGAGGAGUUCUUAGCGGCUUACUGCCACAUUACCGGUUCCCCUACUCCCCCCGACUGCAGCCCCGCUGCGGGGUCGCCCGUAACCUCCCCCCCUUCCGCAGCUUCCGCGGGUUCCACCUUCCGCGGGCCCGUCGUCCGCGCGCUGCAGAAGAGUGCGAGCUGUUUGGAGGGGCGGGGGGAGCAGCGCCAAGCGCCAGUACGCGCGCAAGCGGGGAGGGCGCAGGCGCUGGCCAAGCCACAGGAGACGUUGUUGCGCAAGGGCGGAGCGAGCUGCGGAGCUAGCGCCGCAAGGGACGCGCAUGCGAGGGUAAGGGCGCAGGAAGCGGCGGACGUUCCGCAACGUUCCUACACGGCGCCAUCCGGGGGGGGUAAGCCGGCGCCUUUUUCGGCACCCUUUGCGGCGGUUAUUGCGCAUCAAAACCUGGAGAAGCAGAACCUCCACCUGAAGAAACAGCUGCAGCAAGCGCAGCAGCUAAGGACCGCAAUAGGCGGCGGAGUCGGCGGUGGCAGCGGCGGUGGCGGCAGCGGAGUCAGCAGUAGCGGAAGCAGUUGCAGUGGGCUCAGUGGUUCGGACCUUGCGCGGGGAUUGGGAAACGAGUCGGGUGUCAAGCAAGCCGGAGGCGUGGCGGCCGCCGCCGGGCACGGGGCGCGCGCGACGGGGGGAACUGGCGGAGCCUGCUGCGCGCGAUCUCAGGCGCAGCCGGCGAGCGCUGCGCAAGCUAGAUCAAGAAGUAAUGCGGGGCACGCAGACACUCCGGCUGGCGGAGCGGUGUCCGCGGGUGCGCGGAAGCUGUUCGGGUUCGGUUCGCAGUCCCACCGGAUGUUACCGCACGCCGCCACUACCAGCGGAGGCCCCCGCUCGCUCGUCCGCGGGCGUUCGUGGGCGUCGUUGGAGUUCCAGCGGACGCAAGAUCCCCCGCAAAACGCGCCGCAUUUAGAGGAGCUGGUCCCCUGCACUAAAGGCCUCCCCACUAUCGAGAGCAGUGGCAGCGGGAGCGGCAGCGGUAGCGGUAACGGGUGCGGCAGCAGUAGGAGCAGGGAAAGGAGCAGCGGCGGUAAUAGGACCGUUAGUUUCUCGGAGCGGCACUCCGCGCUUCUUUCUCCCGCGGAUUCCCCGCGAGCGCGCGCAGGCGCCGCCGCGCCGCCGCUCUCCGCCAUGGGCAGGGCAAGCUCGGCAGCUGCGGGCGGCGCAUCGCGGGGCUCCCCCUCGUUCCCCCAUGAGCGGAGCAUUCUUCCGGAGCUCCCCGGGUUGGCGAAAAGGGCGCUGCUUGCGCAGGCGCAGGAGGGGACGGGCGCAAGUGGCGCGGGUGGAACCGUGGCAGGCGCAGGGGCGCCAGGCCUGUCCCGAACCUCGUCGGCUCGGCAGCUGUACGUUCAGAAAAUGCUGCUGGAUCUGGCGGCGCAGAGCGACGAAGCAAGCGAAGCAGGUUCGGGUUCCGGUUCGGGACACGCGAGUCCGUGUGUAGCGUCGGGGGGGGGAACCGGAACGGGCGGAAGCGGGAAGGGGGGCGGGAGCGUGCUUUCUAGGCGCGGAGUACAGGGGCGGUCGGUUUCAGGCAAGGAGCACGCGGGGAGGCGCGCGGGGGCAACGGCGCAGGAAGGCGCGGAGGCGGCGCAAGUGCAACUCAACGCGGUCAGGCGCUCCGCUUCCGCGCGCUACCAGCCCGCCUCGCGGCUAUCCGUCGACUUGAGCGCAGCUGCCUCCGCGGGGCUGACUGGCGGAGAGAACGGCGGAGGGGGUUCCGCGGAGGGGAGAUCUCUGGGGCGCUCCGCAUCUGACAAGGCAAUGCAGGGGGGGGAUCAGGCGCGGAUGGUGGGCCUACCGUCGAUUUCUGGGGCGAUUUCUGGGGCGGGCGCAGCUGUGCGGGGGGGUACAUCUACACUCUACUCGUCUGCCCCUGGCCCUUCUUACGAAUCCCCCCCUCGCUCCCCACCGCUUUCCCCCCUCGGAUCCUCCCCCGCCUCCUCCCCUCGCUCCCCGCCGCUCACGCCGCCUCGUAAUAUCCGCCGCCGCCGCUCGCUGCACAUCCCGUCCCGCUCCAUGCCGUCAGCUUUGGCUCGGCCGAACCGCCGCCAUUCCACAUGCGAGGAUCGUCCGCUGAACAUGACGCAUCCCGCCGCCCGCCAGCCUGGCAGUGGCAGUGGUGGUGCUGGUGGUGGCAGUGGUGGUGGUCCCUUUGCUGGUGGUGCCAGUUCCCAUGGCGCAUCUGCUGCUACUCGUGCGUUUGCGCAGUCGCGCAGUUUGAAUUCUAGCUCGUCUGCUGCCGCGGCGGCUGCUGCUGCCGUGAAAGCGGCUGCGGUUGCAAGGAGGGCGCAGGUUGGCAUGGGGGAAGGGAAGUUGGGUGGUGGUGGGGGAGCGAAGGCUGGAGGGCAUUUGGGUGGUGGCGGUUGUGGCAGUGGCAACUGUAAUGGUGGUGGUGAUGGCAGCGGUGGUGGUGAUGUGGGAGAAAGGGUGUUUAACAGAGCACGAACACAGCCAACAGAGCGGCCAUCUGCAGGCAGAGGGCGGUGA